GUAUCGUCAUAGCCGGUAGAAUGACAGUGCCUGUGUAACCGGAAGCUAGCUGCCAAGCUGGAUGCUGCUUAGUUCAGGGUAUGAAAAAAACACAGGAAAUACUUUUAAACUGUGAAGAUGGCUUCCUAUUUUGAUGAACACGACUGUGAACCAACGAAUCCCGAAGAACAGUACCGUCAGAAUGCACUACUCGAACUGGCUCGGUCUCUGAUGCAGGGUCUGGACAUUGAUUCAGGAGCGUUUGACCUUUCAGACUGGGACCAGCGGCUUCCUCCCCCAGCUGCUAAAACAGCAGUCCAAACCCUACCUGUGGUUAUUAUAGCCCCAGAACAAGUAGACAAAGGGCUGAAGUGCCCUGUGUGUCUGCUGGAGUUUGAGGAGCAGGAGACAGUGCGGGAGAUGCCCUGCAAACACCUCUUUCACUCUGGUUGCAUCCUGCCCUGGUUAGGGAAGACCAAUUCUUGUCCGUUAUGCCGCCUUGAGUUACCCACUGACAAUCCAGAGUAUGAGGAUUUUAAGAAGGACAAGGAGAGGAGAAAACAGCGGGAACACAGACUGGAAGAUCUACAUGGAGCCAUGUACACAUAACGGCUCAGAGCACACAUCUUAUUGACUAUUUCACAUUUCUUGUUGUGUUGCAAUAGAAUUGAGAAUUGAUCACAGCUGAGAUGAUAUUGUUUUAUGUUUUAUUGUGGGUAUUGUAAAUACAUCGGUUUUAAAUACAAAAUUGUAAAAAGACCUGUUUUGUGAUACAAAUACAUUAUGGAUAGUCACUUAUACAAUUAAAGGAAUAUUGAGGCAGUUUAGUCAGUGUUCUACAUUCCCUGCCUUAUGUUUAUGGUAUCUCUUCAUCUGCCCCAAUAUGGAAACUGAAUUGAGUGGAAUACUGUUGUUCAGGCCUUAUAUUCAUUAAGACAUAUGCAAUCUGUUUGUACAUUUUAAUAUUAACUCAUGUUUAAUUUACCACACCUACCAGAAUGGUCGAGAACUCAGCACAGACAAAGUCCCAUGGGUGAUUGCAAAUCAUGUCUAGCAUUCAUUUGUUGGUAUGGCUGGCAUUACUGAGUAGUGUUUUGUUUGUUAGGGGCUGUUUGUCAGACAAGUUAAGCCUAGUCUGUGGCAAAAAAAUUCCAAUGGAGACUUUCUAUUGACCUGGAUUUUUAGUCAACAUCUAUCAGUGCAGGCCUGGGACCAGUCCAUGUAGAAAUAGAAAUGUUAGGGUUUUGGGGUAAAACAUCAGGGUAAAGAGCAAUUUGAAACAAAGCUGCAGUGACAGAAAUACAAAAUCAGAAAGCAGUCAUAUUUUUUCAUAAUGCAAUAAAGAGCUGUGAGUCAACUUAA